CCAUCAUUUAAAGGAUUCUACGUCGGCGUGUGACGUCAUGAUAUCCACGAGUGACCGCCCAUAUAGAUUGUUCAGAGGAUAAUAUUCGAGAUAGGUGGUGUACAUAAAGUGCGUGUAAUCUAAAAUCUGGACAGAGGAUUUUUCUUACACUUCCUUUCGCCUACUUUACAUGGGGCUGUGGACUCUAUCUCAUCAAACCUCUAUUCUCGCACGGAGCCAAUAACGAUGGAAACGUAAAGCAGACGACGAAUCGAUGAAAAUACCAGGCAGAAACAGAGCCCGUUAGCAGGUGUGUCUGACCCACAGUUAUCGACCUGCCCGCCUCUCUGUGUCCCCUCUCAUCUCUCCCUGGACAAUGCUCACGGGGGCGGAGAGCGUAAUAACACAUAUCGAUACCUGUUUUCAACCAUCUAUGAGAUAACAGGAUCUAUCUUGUAUUAAUAGUAUCGAUACCAUAUUCGAGUAAAAUAUUUCCCGAUUUUGUUGACAAAGAAAACGAAACUACAAAAAAAAAUCUAUUUACUUCUCAUCUCAACCAAUUCUCUCCAACACUAACAGACACAUCGGAUCAUCCAAAUGAAUUUUGAUUAACCCCCGAGUUGUGUUGGAGAUAGAACUUUUCAUUGACUUGACGAGUGCCGGUCAGUUCUCGCCAGGCCGGAAAGCCGGCUGCUGUUAAAUAUUUAUGAAGGGACCAAGCAGUGUAGAGCAGCAUCGAUCAGUCGGACGACGGCAUUGAAUUCCAGAGCUGGGCAAAUACUCACGAGAUCGGGUCUGCAUCUUAUAUUAAUCCGCUCUGAUCGUUGUCGAGUGUAAAUUUACUGUGCAGUUUUAUCUGAGUUUUUUUUAAUAUAUAAAUAAAUAAUCUGCUAAACGAGAUAUAGUUUAGGAAACAGUAUAAAAAAUACAAAGCUGAAUCAAAUUUAAGCGAUAUAAAACAAAAAGAAAUAAAACAUUUAUUUCGUUUUUUUUUAGAAGAAUAAGAAGUAACACUUUUUAUUAGCGUCGAGCUAAUCUGAGACGGGCGAAUUCUUGAAAGUAUAUCACCGUGGCUUGUGCCAGCGCUCAAAUAAAUCAGAACGCAAAUUGAUCUGACUUGAUCGUAGUGGCAGCCUCAAAUAUCGAUUGACGUAGCUUUUUUUUUCUUUCUUUUUCCUUGCCUGGCUCUCGCUGGCAGUCACCACCGCUGCACGCCCCUGCCACCCCUCCCCGCCUUUGGCGUCAGCACCGUUGCGUCUGUUCGUGGCGGGUUGGCCAAAAUGAAUUUAGAGAUUCCAGACGGUCUGGGCGAUCUUCUGCGGGAUUUUACAGUGGCCGUGCUGAAAGAGAGGCCGGGGGAUCUGUAUGACUUCGCCGUCGAUUACUUCACGAAAGCGAGGGAGGCCCGGAAACCGAAAGACGUACCUAUGUAUAUCAUUGUCGAGGACGACGAUGAAGCUGGCGAACCGGAACGGACGGCGUUUAAGCCCAAAUCCACCGUCGGCCGUUACGCCCGUCGGCAAUCUGUAUCCGCGGAGAGGUACAACCCGGAAGAAGACGAAGACGAUGAUGAUCAAGUGAUUUACCCGAAAACGGACGAACAGCGUGAAAGACUUACGAAAACAGUCUGCGGGAUUUUGUUGUUCCGGUCUCUGGAACCGGAACAGACGCAGCAGGUUAUCGAUGCCAUGUUCGAGAAGAAAGUCUCCCCCGGGGAGACGGUGAUCCGCCAGGGGGACGACGGGGAUAACUUCUACGUCAUCGACAACGGCGUGUACGACGUGCUGGUCGACAUCAAGGGCGAGGACAAGAAAGUGCACCAGUUCGACAACCGCGGCAGCUUCGGCGAACUGGCGCUAAUGUACAACAUGCCCCGCUCCGCCACGGUCCGUUCCGUCACCGAGGGAACCCUCUGGGCCAUGGACCGCAACUCCUUCCGGAAAAUCGUUCUCAAAUCCGCCUUCAAGAAAAGAAAGAAGUACGAAGACCUUCUCGAGAGCGUCACCAUCCUUCAGAAUUUAGACCGUUACGAGCGCAUGACGCUCGCCGACGCCCUCGUCUCGCGCGUCUACCAAGACGGCGACGCCAUCAUCAAACAGGGCGACGACCCCGACGGGGUGUACUUCGUCGAGGAGGGUCACAUCCGCAUCACCAUCUCGUCCCCGGAUGGCGCGGAAACGGAUAUCGGCAUGCGGACGACCAGCACCUAUUUCGGGGAGCUGGCACUCAUCGAGAACAAACCCCGCACGGCCAACGUCUACGCCGUCGGCAAGGUCAAGGUCGCUUUCCUAGAGAGAGACUGUUUCGAGCGGCUCCUGGGCCCGUGUGUGGAGAUCAUGAAGCGAAACAGCCAAUUAUACACAAUGUAUGUAUCUAAUUAGCGACCAGAGCAUUAUUUUUAAUUAGUAACACUAUUAUCCUUGGGGAAAAAAAAGUACAAAAA